CGCAAUCUCAAAUACACCCUAAAAGUGAAUGUGCAUAAACGGAGCCCUAAAACCAUUAGAAAACAGAAAGAAAAAAAAAAAGGGAAAGUAAGGACCUCAACUGACCCGUCGUUAAACAAAGGUUAAAUGUCAAUUUUAGUCCCUUAACUUUAAGUUUUAUAUAAUUUUUAUCUCUUAACCUUUUUUUUCUCUUUUAAUCUAUUAAUUAUGAAAAAUGCAUUUUUUUAAUCCUUUCAUUAAUUAAUCUGUUAAAUUUAUAUGAAUUUAUAUAUUUUUAGUCCAUUAACUUUUAAUAUAUGCAUAUUUUAAAUUAAGAAACUAAAAAUAUACAUAUUUAGAUAAACUUAACGAAUUAACUGAUAAAAAAUUAAAAAAAUGUAUUUUUCAUAAUUAAGAGAUCAAAAAAAUAUUAAAAAAAUUAAUGGAUGAAAAUAUAUAAAAUUUUAAAGUUGAGGGACCAAAAAUAACAUUUAACCUUAAACAAAUUGGGCCGCAAUUAUAGUUUUUAUACCACAAGGAAAAAACCAAAAACACGAAGAACACAAAAACUCAACACUCUCAGUACUCAGGCAAACGUCUUACUUCACAACAAUCAUGGCUUCUAAUGUUAUGAAUACCAAACCCAACGCUAGCACCGUCGUCACCAGUUCGGCCAAGGCAAUGAGUCUUCCCAAGAGGGCUUAUGUCACCUUCUUGGCUGGAAACGGUGACGAUGUGAAGGGAGUGACGGGUUUGGCCAAGGGGCUGAGGAAGGUCAAGAGCAAGUACCCACUUGUAGUGGCCGUCCUACCAGACGUUCCGGAGGAACACCGGAAGCUACUGCAUGACUCAGAGUGCAAAGUGAAGGAGAUUGAGCCGGUGUAUCCACUCAAGAACCAGACACCGUCAGUCAUGGCCUCCCAUGAUCAUAUCAAGUACUCCAAGCUCCGUAUCUGGCAAUUUGUGGAGUACAGCAAGAUGAUAUACUUGGAAGGAGAUGUUCAGGUGUACUCCAACAUCGACGAUCUUUUUGACCUUAACGACGGCUACAUUUACGCCCCGCGUUUUCCGUGGCCGGAAUUUCUCAAGUGGCCUACAGAAUUCGGUACUCCGAGACCUUGCUGCUACUUUAAUGCCAGCAUGUUUGUCUUUGAACCCGGAGCCUCCAUCUUUGAUGAUCUAUUGAAGACAAUCGCAAGCAUUCCUCCGAUCCCUCUCACCGAGCAGCCUGUUCUGAUUCUUCUGGAUAUGUUCUUCCGAGAGAAGUUAAUGGGACUGCCAGAACAAAACUACUGGGCGCUGACCAUGCUGCAGAACAAUAAGGAGAAUAUUGAUCUAGAAAAGGUGAGAGUAAUACAGUACUGCUCUCCUGAGUUGAAGCCGUGGAGGUUCACUCCCAAAGGUGUGAAGGUGGACGUUGAACUUGUGAAGAAGCUUAAGAAUAAGUGGCUGUGUAUUUUCAAUGACGGGUCGCUUAAACCUAAUGAGAAACAAAAAGCACUGGAGAAGAAGACAGAAAUCAAGUCAAAAAGAGUAGCACUCGGGCCACUUGAGAACUCCGCGGGCCAAAAGAGAUCAAAGAAGAUGUAGAAAAACGCCCACGGAAAAAUUAAGAAAUAAAUGUUGAUGGGCAUCUUGUUUCCUAGCCAAACUGUGAGGUUAGGCAUUGUGGAUUGGAUUUAUCAAUUACUAGUAACUAUUUUUCUUUUUCUUCUUUCCUUGGAAACAAACAGAACCGAAAAGC